AAUACCCACUGUUAAUCACAUGUAGUAUUAAAACAUUCUCAGGUAAUUGAACCCCUUCCAUAAUGAAUACGUAUAUAUAACUGAUAAAGAUGUACCCGGCCUUGUUAUCAGUAAUCUACAAUUGAUCGUUGAUCAGUUAAUCAUCACUUCCGUUGCACAUAUAUACGUCCAUUGCCAUGUUAUCAUAUUAAGAGUGGAAGACAUUUUACACAACUCUUAAAUCAUGUUUCAAAUGAAUCUCACGGCCUUUAUGGCGAUGGAACCUGUGGACAAGCUGUACCUCGGUUUGGGACUGCUGACGUCAUUAACGUCAUUGCUCGCGUGCCUGACGCUGUUCGUCGCCUUCUGCUGUAUUCCCGCCAUUAGGAACAGGGCACGAUACAUCGUUCUAUGUAUCGUGAUAUCGAACGCAGGCGCUAGUAUCGGCACCUUGAUGUCAGUGGCUGUCAAACUAGGUUAUCCGGAAGUGUCGUGGAGAUCACAUCCGGUCUGCGAGUCAGCAGCCGCCAUAAGAGUUUUGUUCCAGAUCAGUGGCUACCUAUGGACCUCCACGCUGGCUCUCCAUCUUUGUUUCGAGACAUGGAAGAAAAAAUUGUCAAUCGCUCCGUCCAUGACGUGGCCUGCACACUGCAUCUGCUGGGGAUUUCCAACGGCCAUCAUGGCCACGCUGGUGGCGCUUGAUGUAUUGGGAUCAGACAUCGGAAGUAAGCCCGGGCACGUGCGGCCGCCCUGGUGUUUGGUGGACCGCCAGAUCUCCGACUACAACACGUUCGCCAUUUUGGCGGGAAUGGGAUGGCGCAUGGCGGCCCUCAUCUUCUGCUCCAUAGUUUACGUUCUGCUACAGUUCAAGUCACUCAAAUUGAAAACACCAAAACCACAGCAGCCGGAGAGGCGACAGGAGGGGGAAGAGCAUCAGAAGCCCGCGGAAAAUCCUAAUCGACAACUGCGCCAUCUAUUGAUGGUCUUUGUUCUGAUGAAUAUCUGGGGAGGCUGGCACUACCUGAUCUCACAGUAUCGUAAUGACGUGGACGUUAUGGUGGGACUGGAGGUUGUGUGUGACAACAUACAGGGCUUUGUCAACACGGGAUUCUUUUUUCUGUUUAUAAGACAAGUGCGCAAGGCCAUGAGGAAGCUUUGCUGUCAAAGCUUCUGUAAGUGCUGCUGUAAACGUCUCCGGGAUGCUAAUGUGUCACUUCCGGUAGAGAUGGAACAGCUGAGAGAAGAGAGUGGUGACCACGCCCUCUUACUCGAGGCCGAAGACGACCGCGUGCACUUUACCAAAGAACCCUGACACAUGAGAAUCUCAGAACGUGACCAGAAUAAAAAACCUAAGGGAGAUAAUUCCCACAACGUCAGCUAGAGAUCCUACGGUCACUAACCAUUGCAGACUGCGUGUGAAAGUAAACAAUGUAGUAAUAUCAGAAUAUUUUAUGAACCCCAGCUAUAAAUGAAUCGCCAUUAAAAAUUCAGCAUUCAUAAAACGUUUUUAUGUCAUACUAUAGAAAUGUUAUAAAACAGAGAAUAUUUAGUGUGUGUUUUAUGGAUUUAUUUUAUGAUUUUUGUCAUGCAAUAA